GGGAUUUGGAGGUGCUAAGUCGAAAAAAUAGUCCAAUAUAAAUUUUGAAUUUUUAUCAAAAUUAAAGUCAUUUAGGUGUCCUUGAGUGGUAAUAAAAUUCCAUUUUGAGCUUUUUAGAAUUCUGAAGAUGAAAUUGAAUCUUUGAUUUAUUUUCUAGAAACCUUCGCGAACAGAUUUUUUCCAAGUUCAACUGGUCUUGAAGUUGAUUCUUAAGAUCUGAGCACUUUUAGUUGAACCGACCGACUGUUAUAGGUUCAAGGAAUAGCAGGAGAAAAUGCAUGUCGAAUGAAUUGCAUACUCAGUUCGCCGUAAAUACCACGUCCGCUGUAUUUACGGCAAACCGAGUAUGCAAUUCUAUUAACACCAUCGUAUUGUCCUCAAUAUCAUCGUCUCUUCGUGGUUUUUCUGUUUUAUGUAAAUUUCUUUUUUGAUGGUUUCGUAUUAAAAUGUGUUGCAUGCUCCAAGAAGUGAUAUCUAGUUCAGUUUCAUUCGAAAAAAAAAAAAUUUGAAUUUUUGAAUCACCCCAUAAAAACAAAAAAUGUUCAUUUUAUUUCAUUUUUUUAAACUUAGGGUUGAAGCUAAUGUGAUACCUUUCUUGUGUUGGAUCGUAUCUGCGUCUUUAUCGGUGUUCUGCGCCAUUUCAACAUUUUCAGCUUUUAUUGUAGUCACAGAGGCUAAAUCGGAGAAACAAGGGGAGAUGAUGUUCAGAAUGAAGAUCGCAUCUGUCAUAGCAAAUGCUGGUGUUAUGUUCUUUCUGUAUUGUCACGGAGCCGAAGUCACCAUGCACGUGCACGAAGAUAUUCAUGACGCUCUUUAUGGCACACCGUGGUAUUCACAGUCGAUACGAUUCAAAAAGUUACUCAUAUCGUUCAUGAUUCAGAUUCAAAAAGCGUUGCAAAUAUCAGCUUUCGGAAUGUACAAGUUGAACUUGAAUUUCUUCAUGACGGUCUGUCGUACGAUUUAUUCCGCGUUGAAUAUGUUAUUAAUGGCGUUCACCGAUAUCAGAAGGAUGUGAUGUGCGAAAUUCUGACAAUUUGGAUCUUUUAUCUCCUGUACUGGAUGGAUGUGCUAUACCUACUGUUUUCACUAGUAUUUAAUACCUUUUGGGUUUUUUGCACCAUUUCUUAAGUUGAAAAUAUAUGAAAAUGUGUUCACCAUUUCUAAAAAUGGAUAGGAAAUCAGCUAACUUGACAAUUGUACUGUAGGAUGAUAAAUCGAAUAUUUAGUUAGUUAGUUGUUACGUUUUGUUGAGAUGAAAUAAAGCUCUAGUUGUUUACGA